AUGGAACGGACUGCUUGUUAUAGUUUGUCGGGUUACUUAUCAUUGAAGCCUUGUGGUGCCCUAAGCCUUGUUCUUCCUACGCGUCGUUAUUGGUGUGCAUUCAACGAAUCGAUUCGAACAUUAGAGUUUUAUCAGUCUGAACGUGAUUUAACGAAUAGCAAGACACCUAUUGAAAGUUUAUCAUUAUAUCGAGCUGCCAUUACAUUAAGUACAACAGAAGAACGUGUCUUUAUUAUUUUAACUAAUAAUAAAGAACAUCAUUUACGAGCUGAAAAUCAUGAAGCAUUAAUGAUUUGGCUACUCGGGUUACAAAGUAAACGCGAUUCGUGUAUAUCAUCGAAUAAUGGAUCGUCCGUGCAUGGAAUACAUUCAGGACUUGACACUGAUGAAAUUAUUAAUAAUGAAGAUGUUUGGAAUAUGCAUGAACCAGAUAGUUUAACACCAACUGAAUUUAUACAUCCACGAAUGUUUAUUACCGAACGAACGAAUCCGAAUGAUUUUCCCAGUGACGAUGAAAAAUAUCGUCCGUCUAUAAUGAUAGAAAGUAUGAAUCGAAAAUUAAGUACACAAUCUAUUGCAGGUUUACAACUAUGCCAUGGAUGUUCAUUAUCAUUAUGUUCGCAUUGCCGUUCGGCGUGGAGUCGGUCAUCUGAUUUAGUGAAUGAAUCGAUUCCAAAUCGAACGAGUUCAUCAAGCUAUUCGAUUGAAUCAUCCGAUUCAGCUUUUUGCGAUCAACGUUUAUUAGAUGUGAACGAUGGAUUACAUCAGAAUAAUAUACAGGAAACAUUAUUAACGUUGAAAUGUGAAUUAGCUUCACUAAUAAAUAAAGAAAAUAUUUAUCAAUUGAUUAUCAAGGAAAAGUCGAAUGCUAUACGUACACUUGAAAAACAAUUAUCUGAUGUUGCUCAAUCGGCAACAUCAAGCAGCAAACAGCAAACGAUUUCGAAAGUAUUCAAUGAACGAAGUCGUGAAACCAAUAAUGAACUUAAAUUUCUUCAUUGUGAGAUUGCACGAUUACAUGGCAUUCUACGUGAUGAUGAUAUUAAGAUGCGUAAACUCCUUAAAACGAUUCGUUCACAACAAACUCAACGUGAAAGCUUACAACGUGAUUAUAUUUAUUUAUUACAAACAACUCUAUCGUCUGAAUAUGGUCGAUUAUAUGGAGGAACAAAACAUCGUGAUCGUUUGAAAGAACUAUUAGCUGAAUGUCGUAAACGUGAUCCAUCAUUGCCGUCAUUUGAGAGUAUGGAUGGAUCUGGUUUGUAUAUAGAUCCAUAUGGUUUUAAACGUGAAAAAAAUAAUCUAAACGAUCGUUUGCAAUAUAUUUGCGUUAAAUUAACACACUUUUACGACUCAAAAGCGCAUAGUACUGAUGAGAGUAGUUGGCGAUCAUUAAUUAAACUUUAUCAGAAUAGUUCAACAGUUUCGAAAACAUUGAAAUAUCUUGUAAGACAAGGCAUACCUGAUCAUCUUCGUACUGAAAUAUGGCAUAUUUUUAUUCAAAAACAAACAAGUCAUAUUCGAAAAGAAAAAGGUGCGCUGUAUUAUCAAAAUCUUUGUCAUCUACUACCGAAUUCAGAUCUUAAUAGUAAAUUCGAAAAACAAAUUGCACUGGAUCUCCACCGAACAAUGCCAUCCAAUAUCCGAUUUGCAAACAGAGAAUCUGAGGGCAUCCGCCAUUUACGUCAAGUUCUUCAAGUAUUCUGUUUGCAUAAUCCAGCAAUUGGCUACUGUCAAGGAAUGAAUUUUAUUGUCGCUGUUGCACUUCUAUUAGUUGAACCUGAAGAUGCCUUUUGGCUUUUAAUAGCCAUAACUGAAUGUCAUUUGAAUAAUUACUAUGACGUCGGCCUCAUUGGUGCCCAAGUUGAUCAAUUUGUUCUUAAAGAUCUUUUAAAACAAAAAGCUCCCGAUAUUGACCAACAUUUUGAAAUCAAUGAAGUUGAAAUAACUUCAUUAACAUUAAAUUGGUUUAUGGCGAUAUUUAUCGAUACUGUACCGUUUGAAACUUUACUACGAAUAUGGGAUUGUUUUCUAUUGGAAGGAUCAAAAGUUUUAUUUCGUUUUGCAUUAUCAAUUCUUAUUAUCAACCGUGAAAGUAUUCUAACUAAAAGUGAUACAAUAUCUAUGAUGAAACAAAUUAAGGAUUCAACGAAAAAUUUGAUUGAUGUUGAAAAUCUUUUUAAAAUUGCGUUUGAAGAUUUAAAACCAUUUUGUCAUCGAAAAGACAUCCAUAUUAAGCAAGCGUAUUGGACGAAAAUGCUCACCGAUAAAGUUCUUAAACGGCAAUUAUCAAAAGAAGGUUUUUCAAAACGAGAUUUUGUAUUUGAAGAAAUUAAUUCAUCAUCAUCAUCAACAUCAACAACAACAACACUUGAUUGCGCUGUUGUUCUACCAGGAAAUCUUGUUUGGAUUGCAUUCGGCUCACAAUAUUCACUACAUAUUUUCGAAGUCAAUGUUGAGCGUGGAAUUAUGAUGGAUAUUGAGGUUACUUAUAAUUCAAGAGCAUUCUGUAUGGCAUGUGUCAAUAGUGAACUUGUCUUGAUUGGCACUCUUUGUGGUACUUUAUUAGGUUUUUCAAUUGAUGACAGACAAAUUCUAUGGGCGACUAGACUACGAAGUUGUCUUCUUUGUAUGACUAGUUUAAAUAAAACUAACUGCAAUCGAAUUUAUUGUGGCCUAUCGUGUGGCAAUUUAGCUAUUGUUGAACUAUAUGAGCAGCGUGAACCAGAGGAAGCAUUUUGUAUAACGAUUGAUAAAUCAGCUCUAACAGCUGUUGCUUAUCGAAACGAUAAAUUAUGGUGUUUGAGUUCGAAUAAAAUGACAAUUGUCAAUGAAAAAACAUUAGAUAUUUUAGCAAGUAUUGAUUUAACAUUUGAAAGUCUUGAUCCAGCAUGUUUACUUUAUUAUGACCACGAAGAUUCUGAUCAUAUAUGGAUAUUACUGCGAUCAACGAGUAAUGUAUUACAAGCAUGGAAUCAAUCUGAAUGUAAACUACACGGAACAAUAUCUUUAAAUCAUUUAUUUGAAAAAAUUGGCAAAACCGACGAACAAUUAGCAAUGAUGGAAGAAGGAGCUCACUUAGGUUCAAUUGAUGAUGGAAGUUCAAGUAAUAUUACGGAUCAAAUUCGUAUUACUUCAUUUCUUGUACACGACGAGCAACUGUGGAUUGGCACAUCAACUGGGAUUAUAUUUGUGUUAAACUUUUCAUUUCAACAAAAAACCAUACGAUCAUCUUCGAUAUGUUCAAUGCAUAAAAGAUACGUUCCGAGAUCGGCAAGCAUCACAACCCACCUGAUUAAUGGCACAACGCGAAAUUAUAUAGCAGUUUUACCCAAUAUUGUAAAUAAUCGACAAAAAUCUCGUUCACAAUCGGAAUCAGCUAUGGUAGAAAUAUUGAAUUCAUCCGAUGACUAUUGGAAUAUGGAUCACCCGUCGAAUUGUCAUCUUUACCGAAUUGCUUUUCAAAACAAAGCACAAAACCGUUCGACAUAUUUGUGUCGACGUCGCCAACGGCAUAAUUCCACAUUGGACUAUGUUACGAUUGUAAAUGAAAAUAAACGUCGAACUGUUGACUCGGAUGCUUCAAGUACAACAUUGACAUCAACAAAAGCACAAACCUCAAGUCCAGCUGUUAUAUCGUCGGAUGAAUGGUGCCAGGAGCCUCAGCAAAUAAAGCUGCCGAGUGCAACUAUUAAGCAACCAAAAUCACUAGAAGCAUCAGCUACACUUUCAUUUAAUCUUCUCUUUAAAGCGAAAAUAGCCGAUGCACCAGUAAAAUGCAUUUGUAAAACAAAAUGCAAUGGUCAAUUUUUAAUAUUGACAUGCUCAGGUAAACUUGGUGAUGAUGAAGUUGUUUGUCGGUGGAGACGAGUUCCAGAUACGAAUCAAUGGACAAAUGAUGUCAUUGUUGAAUUAAGUCCUGAGACCAUGUUACCUAUUCGACCGGCUUAUGCUCGUCAAAAAUAUCUGAAAGAUCAACGUGAUCGUUCUGUUAGCAUUUCAUCGAGUACUUCAAGGCUUUGA